UGGAGUGACCGCUGCAAAGCUGAGAGUUGAGAAAACAUCAUGCAUACCCAGAGAGACGAAAACACCGGGAGUAAAGACGUCAAAGUGAAGAUGGACUAUCAGUCUGGAUAUUAUUCAGAUGAACUUAGGGUUCAGGAGGUUCCAGCCUCCUUCGACUUCAUAUCAUACGACGGUUACCAAGAUGACCUGUCUCUCCAGUUGGACAGUAAAAUGGCCCCGGCCCCCACCUACCUGCAGCCCUACAGACCAUCUGACCUGUACCUCCACAAAGGCAGCCUCCUCGACCUCGACACAUACCCAGAAUUCAACUGGGUCUCCUCGUACCCCAAUGGUGAGCUGGACCCUCCGUCAGACCUCCAGGUCUCCAGCCCGGUGUUCUCUGGCCUGCUGCCUCAACACGGUGCCCCGAGCCCAGCUGCAGAGCCAAGCAACAGCCCCUUCCUGCCAGGAGCACCAGGGAACACUCUACUAAUUCCAGACGACAGUGAGCAGAGAUACUCGCACCGAGCUGAUCUUUACGACACCCAGAACCAGCCCUUCUUCUGGGCCGACUACCAGCCGCUCCAAGCCACUUCCUGUCCAUUCCAAGCCCCUUCCUGUCCGCUCCAAGCAACUUCCUGUCCGCUCGAUGCAGGGCCCAGGGAGCAGCACUGCCUCCGUGUGGCCAAACGCAAAAACACACAAAACACACACUUACAGGGGGCCGACCGAGACAGACAUGUUGGGAUGUCAGCCUACCCUGGCUCGGGACCCAUCCAGCUGUGGCAGUUCCUCCUGGAGCUGCUGCUGGACUCAGCGUGCCGCAGCUUCAUCACUUGGACCGGCGACGGGUGGGAGUUCAAGAUGUCUGACCCCUCAGAGGUGGCUAAGCGAUGGGGCCAGUGUAAGAACAAGCCCAAGAUGAACUAUGAGAAGCUGAGCCGCGGCCUGCGCUACUACUACCAUAAGAACAUCAUCCACAAGACGGCGGGGAAGCGCUACGUCUACCGCUUCGUCUGUGACGUGCAAGGCAUGCUGGGUAGAACAGCGCAGGAGGUGUUGGAAAGUUUGAACGUUGUGCCGGCGGCGUCGUGGCAACAGGAGGCGGAGUCAACAUCAGAGCAUAGCAACCAAACAUAUGGCUCACAAUAGGGGGCGCUGCCGGACUGUCGUUUCUACACGAGAGACACGACCAGCAGAUAUAUCUGCCCUGCUCCAACACGACUCCAAUUAAAGUAGUGCAGAGUAAAGUUUACUUUAAUACUGCAACAUAAAGUCUAGUCUACUUUAAAUUGCAACAUAAAGUUUCCUUUAAUACUUAAAAAUAAAGUUGAUCUUAAUACGGUUACAUAAGUUGACUUUAAUAUUGCAACAUAAGUUUACUUUAAUAGGCCUACUGCCACAUAAAGUGUACUGUAAGUACUUGGCUAGGAUGGUCAGUACAGCAUCUGUAUUUGUAAUUUAUGUUCAUAUGUUUUCUAGUUGCAACUAUCUACCUCAAUGAGUAGCCUAAACACCUUCAUGUAAAGAAUAAUGUGUAAUUUGUUGUGUAAAUAAAUUAAUAAAUAAGUAAUGUUU